GAUGGGUGGUAGAUAACAAUGGCUUUGGAACACAAAAUCAUGGUUGAAGCCUCACCCUAUAAGUACAACAUUACAGUACUUAGAGAAAAAUGUAUCAACAUCUAGCUUCUUCCAAUCCCUUUCAUCAUUAUUAUUGCUAGAAACUUUCAACUUUUCUUUGACAAUUUUAGUCAACAAUGUCGUUUUUCAUAAGAGAGUUUGCGCACCUCAAAAUUUCACUCGAAUCCAUAAAAUCUGCCACCCACAACUUUGAUGCAUGCCACUUCAUUGCAGAAGGUGGAUUUGGUAAAGUAUACAAAGGAGAGUUCUCACGUACUGAAGGUCAAACCAUCGGUGCUGUAAAGCGCUGGAAUAAUGAUCUGGAUCUGGAGUUUCGAAGGGAAAUCAUGUUGCUUUCCGAUAAUAAACAUGAAAAUCUCAUCUCACUCAUAGGAUACUGUGAUGAGGAGAAGGAAAGAAUCCUUGUGUAUGAGUAUGCACCAAACAAAAGCCUUGACUUUCAUCUAGCAGACCCCAAGUUGACUUGGGUUCAACGUCUCAAGAUAUGUCUUGGGGCUGCGCGUGGCCUUGAGUACCUACACAAUCCCAGGGAAGCCCAACGAGUCCUGCAUUGUGAUAUCAAGAGUGCCAACAUCCUAUUAGACGAAAACUGGAACGCCAAAAUUGCAGAUUUUGGUUUCUCCAAAUAUGGGCCUGCGAACAUAAAUCGUUCGUAUCUCAUGACCCAAGCCAAAGGCACGUAUGGAUAUGCUGAUCCUGAGUUUGUGGAAACCAUGAUAUACACGAAAGAAUCGGACGUCUACUCCUUCGGAGUCGUGUUAUUCGAAGUUUUAUGCUCAAGGUUUUGUAUUGAUUUUAGUUGUGAUGAUGGACGCCGAUCCCUAAUCAAAUGGGUAAAGAAAUCAUCAAAAGAAGAAAUUCGAGAUAAGAUUAUUGAUUCUAAUCUAAGGCAACAAAUGGAACUUCCUUCUUUUGACAAGUUCGUAAAAUUGGCAUUACAAUGUGUGGAAAGAGAGCCGAAACGUCGCCCGUCAAUGGAUUUCGUCGUGAGAACGCUUGAAUCUGCACUCAAAUGCCAAGAAAAAAGAAGAUUUUCGAAGAUCAAAAGAGCUUCAGGUGUCCUGUUGGGCAUCGUUGUUGCCACUGUGCUCCUUUAGUCUAGGGGUCAUGCUAGCGUUUUUGUUUUAGACUUUUAGUAAUAUUAUCAUCGGUUUAACAAUCCUGUUUUGGCAUUAAUUAGCUCUUUCAACCAUGUAAAAUGCGGUUUGAUCGAUCAGGCCUCACACUGACGUUUUGGGGGCAUUUUAGGCUUCAUAUGCAAUUUAUAAAAUUUAGGUCUUUAUAUAUACUGGUGUAAUUAAAAAAGAGCCAAAAAACCCGAGUCUUGUAUUCGCAUCACAAUCGUUCCAGCCUUUGUUCUAACACAAUUUUUUUUUAAAAAAUGCUACAAUCUUAUAAAAAAUAUGUUCCAUCCUAUGUUUAGUUUAGUUUAGCGGAAAAUCAAUGCAUUCCACCGACGACUUG